AUGUCGCGCCCGGACCAGGCUGAACUUGCCGUUGAGACGACGCGGACCUUGAAGCGCAAACACCUCUCUUCAGCCGAUCAAGAUGACUUGGACGCGCUCGACACCAUCUUCAAGCGCAUCAAAACCGUGAUUCCGCGCGCGCCCUACAUUCUCUCCACACCCUCGGUCAACCCUUACCGCUACCACUCCCAGCAACAAGCCAAUGCCUGGAUGAUUGGAAGGUUGUUCAGGCAUGACGAGGAGCACUUGCAGUACAGGACCUAUUGGUAUCGCGAACCAUGUCAGGAUUGUUUCGAGCUGCAGGCGGGCGAAGAGGAGGAACCGGAACCGGAGCUCCCAUGCUCGCAGGCUUUCAAUCGGCAGCCCGCAAAGAAGAAGCCAAAUUUGUCUGCAUUCAAGGUCAAGCCCGCAAACGGCACUAACACGCCCGGUGUCAAGAUCAGCUCACCCAGUCUUGCGCCGGCGAAGAACCCGCCGCAUCAAGCAAAUGAAGUCGCCAAAUCCGAUACUCCGCCUACGCCUGCUGCAAAAGCCCCAGCCAAGUCACCGAGACCUACCUCUAAUGCUAUCCGGGACGAGCGUCGCAUUGACCAACCCGUGGAGUCGCGACCCAGGGCCUCUACUCAGAAGAGCGAGUCGGUGGGGUCGAAAGUCAUAGAGAAGUCCGACCCUUCGAAUUCCACACCACAUGGCUUGCCCCCGCUUCUGUCGCCCGUACACGAGCCAUUGGGUAACCCCUACGGACUACCGAACUUGCUAUCUCCCACACUUCCCGCAAAUGUGCAGGCCGAGUUGGAUAGGUUGGAGGUGCAGCGCAAGCGCGCCGAGUCGGACGCAUCUACAUCAUCAUCAGACCCCAAGAGCCAAACAUUGGCUGUGCCACCACGUGCAUCUCAGAAAUCCAACGGCACGCCCAACUCCGAAGGCCGUGUGCGCUCUGGUUCUGUAAACGGCAAAUCACCAAAUCCCGAACCAGUCAGUCAUGCCAAACAAACAGACCCCAGUAUGGUAGUUAAGCUGAAAUUCUCGAAGACCAAGGCACCAGUUGUAGGCCAAAUUCUCCGCUUGCCCUCUAAGCGAGCCAACAUGGAGAAGAAGGAGCGCAGUGAGGCACCCAAAGCUGCUCCGGACCCUGUACCCAGGGUUACAGAUUUGCCCGUUAUCAAGAAGAAGCCUGCCCCCAAGAUUUCGGCGCGGCGUGGAGAAGCUACGACACCGGUACCUGCGUCUAUACCGAGCACAAGUGUGAAGCCAUCUUCGGCAAGCGCAAAGCCGGCCGAGAAACGGACAAGGCCAGAAGAAGACGGCUCGUUGGCGGUCCCUCCUGCUAAGCGUCCAAGGGCAAGUUCCACGCAGGAUCGCCCCAUCACUCCUGUUCAGAACGCCUUAUCGCCAGCAAUGUCCACCAAGGGUUCGACACAGAAGAACCAGGCUCAGUACGCGACUCCGAAGAAGGAUAUCAAGUCCGUGAACAUGUUACGCAGUCAAUCGUCAGAAAGCAACGACACAACACCUGGAAGAUCUGGUGCAACUUCCGCAGGCGGAAAGUUGGAAUCCAGGGCGGGGCCUACUUCUGCCCCUCUAAACAGCAAGAAACGGGCCGAUAUCGCUCUAUUAGGACAUACGUCAGCAAAGUUGAACCAGAUGGGCCGUGCGCUGAAGCAUGAAGCGACCAAGAUCCUCACUGGUGGUAAGAUCACAAAGCAGGAGGAGAAGCGAGCUGCGGUGACCAACCUGGAGUGCAUUCUUGCGUACAUGGCGGCAUACUUUGCCCAAGACGUCUCGCUGAAUCUCCGCGGUCGUGCCGGGGAAGUCGAGCAAACCUGGAAGACGCUGCUGCCACUUUGUCUCUCAUAUUCUCGCUGUACCAAGGACUUUCAGCAUCUUGACGGCCUACGCUGCUACCUCAGCUCAGUCAUCGCUUCCGCAAUUUGCACCCACGUCUCACAGCGCUCUAUCAACCCCAAGUCCCACGACUCGCCCCAGGAUGUCAAUCACGCCGAAGUCGCUCGACAGCACAAUUCGAUAGUAGAAAACUUUGCUCUUCUAGCCGAUCACACAAUCAAGAAGAACCGACAUUUCCAGGACGCCACCAUUGCCCUGCCCUGGGAAGACCUUCAAUCCAUGUACAAAAAAACGUAUGCCGGCCGCGAAACAAACGUCAAGCUGAUCAAGGAACCGGAAAAGGUCAGUGGCGCCAGGAUGUCUGGUCCUUACUUUCUGCCUCUCGGCACAGAAACUACGCCUAUCCAGGCCGUCAGGUUCGGCCUCAAGUUUCUGAGCGAGUACUGCGAGAGAGAGAAGUUGGACUACCAAUUGCGUGUCAACCUCGAUAGGCCGGAAUAG